CGGUUCUUUAGCUUUUAAGAACACAAAGUCCAAUUGCACCUACGCAGUCUAGCCCAGUAGAUAAGUCUAGUACAGAGACGGCUCAAAAUGGCGGACGAGCUGGAGCAGAUCGAAUUAGGCUUUGAGGAAAGACUAGAAGAAAUCAACAACUGGCUCAAAAAUGGAGGAUACGAAAAGUAUAAAGAAGCUAGACGCCUUGCAGAGGAAGAAUCCCUCGAAGAUCCUGAAACUGAUCCUUUUAAGUCAAAGUAUAAAGCUAGAAGAAUCUUGUUAGAUUUGAAAGCUGAAUUGGCAUCAUUCUUAGACGACGAAAUCCCCAGCGAAAAAGCUAAGAUCCUAAAGGCUGCUCUUGAUUAUCAGAUUGGACAAAAUUACAUUGAAACUGAAGAGCUGAGUACGGGCGAGGAACUCUUUAAAAAUUGCAUCAAUACUCUCGCAGAAUAUCGCAUGGACAAAAGAAGUUGCUCUAUACACUUGCAUGCUUUGAACGAGCUGGGAAUUCUCUGGUCCAAAAGAGGUGACUCUGAAAAAGCGUUGGGAUUUCUACAGGAUGCAGAGAAGUUGUACUAUAGUUACAAAAAAGAAAUGGAGGGCUGCUCUCCUUAUGACAUUCAAGAACUCUUUUAUCCUGAAGACAACUUCCUCUCAGAUGCUGAACGGGAAAGGGCUUUCAGUGCGACCUUCACUCAUACUUUGUAUUACUUAGCACAAGUCAAUGCAGCCUUGGGGCAUUCUAAAAAAGGGGCAAUGUAUUGUCACACAACUCUAUGUCGCCAGCUGGAGACAGAACAGUAUGAUCCAGUUGACUGGGCUCUUAACUGCGCAACACUGUCUCAGUACUACAUUACACAAGAAAAAUAUACAUUGGCAAGACAUUGCCUGGCAUGUUCCAGUCGUGUUUUCUCUGAGGCUGAAGAAACUGCUACAGUGGAGGCUGUGAGUGAGGAUGACAGUCAGGAAGAAAGAGAAAGAAAAGAAAGAAUUCCUCAAAGGAAGGCUGACAUCUCUCGCUGUUGGAGUAAAUAUUGUUUGGAUGUGUUGAGAACAUCAAGAGAUCGGUGUGUACAAGAAUUGACCAAUGCUGAUCAGAAUGAUGAAGAACAAAAAACAGAGAAAGUGACUUCUGAUGGAAGUGCCAGGAAAGAAGAAAGCACUCAAGAAGGUGACACAGAAGAGCCCCUUAGAUUUGAGUCCCUUGAAGUUAUUUCCUUAGAACAGUCGGUACCAGACCACUUAAUAAAGUCAUAUGAUGAGGCACGUGUCCUGUUUCUGGAGGGACAAAAAUGGCUCAACAUAUCCAAACAAUUCUAUGUGCUGGACGGUCAUGUGACCAAUCACAUAGAAAUCAUACAGGACUUGAGCCAGCUAUACAAACUGUUGUCAUUCUUUGACGAAGACUUUGAAAGGCGAUGCAAAAUGCACAAACGGCGAGUGGAUAUGCUGAGUGAAGUUCUUAUCGAGUUGAAUCCCCAGCAUUAUCUUUUGGUCUGUCGACAAUUGAUGUUUGAAAUUGCAGAAGCAUACAGUGACAUGGCUGAUCUAAAAAUAGCUAUUGUGGAUGAGUCAGGCGGGCAUCCAAAUGCACAUGCAGUCAAAAAAAUAAAUAUAUUGAUAAACCAAAGUAUAAAGUUUUUCAAGAGCUUUAUCGACUCUAUGAAGAAUAAAGGUGCUUUGCCUGAAACAUUUGCUGAGGACACUGUGCGCCCAGCUCUUGUGGCACAUUUUUAUGUUGCACGGCUUUACUCCAAGCUGAUAUGCUCAGACAAACAUCUCAAGGUUGAUAAUUUGAAGAAGAGUUUGGCUAUUUAUCAGUAUCUUGUGGGAUAUUGUGACAGCCACCCUGGUGUGUCAGACAUGGCAUUCAAGCAGGAGAUUGGUGUUUCCAGGGAAAUGGCUCAACUUCUUCCUUUCAAGAUGGAUAAAAUCAUGAAAUCUGAAUCAUGACAUUUGCAGUGGAAUGGUCAUUAACUUUCAGUUUGCUUCUAGGACUGAAAAUGGACUUCGACUCCUAAUACUAGCAGGCUAAACACUGUACAUAAUUGAUUGCUAAUAAAAUUUCAUGCCUUUCUAGUAA